GAGAGAUCUGUGAAUUUUACAGUGCGUUUGUGAAGAUGUCGAUGAAGAGAGAAUUAGGAGAAGAGAGGAAUGGAAGAGAUUCACCAAAAGAGUAUAAGAUGAAUGAUUUGAGAGAUAGUAUGAAAUCGUUGAGAAGUACCAGUAGAUUAGCGAUGAUGGAGAACGAACUAAUAGCUGAUUCAACUCAUUCGAGAUUUAGCAGAGAAAACGUCAUCAAUGGCCUCAGAGGCCUUUCUCAAGAUUUCGUCAUUUAUCCCGAUGACAGGUGGUACAAGCUAUGGGAUAAGUUUAUCCUGAUUUGGGCUAUAUAUUCAACUUUUUUUACACCAAUGGAGUUUGCAUUCUUCAAAGGAUUGCCCAGGAAACUAUUUCUUUUAGACAUUUGUGGUCAAAUAGCUUUUCUUGUCGACAUAGUCAUACAAUUUUUUGUGGCCUACAGAGAUAGUCAGACAUACAAGAUGGUGUAUAGGCGAACCCCUAUUGCUCUUCGGUACUUGAAAUCUCAUUUUAUCUUGGAUGUUCUCAGUUGCAUGCCGUGGGAUAACAUUUUUAAGGCUUCUGGCAGAAUUGAAGGAGUGAGAUAUCUUUUAUGGAUUAGGUUAAGCAGGGUGCGCAGGGUUACUGACUUUUUCCAGAAGAUGGAGAAAGAUAUUCGAAUCAAUUAUCUCUUCACUAGGAUUGUAAAGCUUAUCACUGUUGAACUUUAUUGCACGCAUACAGCAGCUUGCAUCUUUUACUUUUUGGCAACUACUCUGCCUGCAGAGAAAGAAGGCUACACAUGGAUUGGUAGUUUGACCCUGGGAGAUUACAGUUAUUCACACUUUAGAGAGAUUGAUCUCUGGAGGCGGUACAUCACUUCUCUGUACUUUGCAAUUGUCACUAUGGCAACUGUGGGUUAUGGUGACAUUCAUGCAGUCAAUCUGAGGGAAAUGAUAUUUGUGAUGGUUUAUGUCUCUUUUGAUAUGAUUCUUGGUGCUUACUUGAUCGGUAACAUGACAGCACUGAUUGUCAAGGGAUCAAAAACUGUGCGAUACAGGGACAAAAUGACAGAUCUUAUGAACUAUAUGAACAGAAAUAGACUCGGAAGGGAUAUUCGUAGUCAAAUUAAAGAUCACUUGCGAUUACAAUAUGAAAGUGCUUACACUGAUGGAGCCGUUCUCCAGGACCUUCCCAUCUCAAUUCGUUCCAAGAUAUCCCAGACUUUAUAUCAGUCUUGCAUUGAAAAUAUUCCUCUUUUCAGGGAGUGCUCCGCAGAAUUCAUAAGUCAAAUUGUAACUCGAGUGCAUGAAGAAUUUUUUCUCCCAGGAGAAGUGAUCAUGGAACAGGGGCAUGUAGUGGACCAACUUUAUUUUGUCUGUGAUGGUGUCCUGGAAGAAAUUGGUAUAGGAGAAGAUGGGUCACAAGAGACAGUAGCUCUUGAGCCUAAUAGCUCGUUCGGAGAAAUAUCCAUUCUUUGCAACAUUCCACAACCAUAUACUGUCCGUGUUAGUGAACUAUGCAGACUCAUACGGAUUGAUAAGCAGUCAUUUUCAAAUAUUUUGGAGAUCUAUUUUCAUGAUGGAAGAAGAAUCUUGACGAACUUACUAGAGGGAAAGGAUCUUCGUGUGAAGCAACUGGAGUCAGAUAUAACAUUCCAUAUUGGGAAACAAGAGGCUGAGCUUGCUUUGAAAGUGAAUAGUGCAGCUUAUCAUGGUGACUUACACCAGCUGAAGAGUCUUAUUCGAGCUGGAGCUGAUCCCAACAAGAAAGAUUAUGAUGGAAGAUCACCUCUGCAUCUUUCAGCAUCCAGAGGAUAUGAAGACAUCUCUUUUUUCCUUGUCAAAGAAGGUGUCGCUCUCAAUGCUUCAGACAACUUUGGAAACACACCGCUCUUUGAAGCUAUCAAGAAUGGACACGAUCGUGUUGCUUCAUUACUUGUUAAGGAAGGUGCCUUCUUGAAGAUUGAAAAUGCUGGUAGCUUCUUGUGUACGUUGGUUACAAAAGGGGAUUCAGAUCUACUACGAAGGCUGUUGUCCAAUGGUAUUGAUGCAAACUCCAAAGAUUAUGAUCACCGAACACCGCUCCAUGUAGCGGCUUCUCAAGGAUUACUCGCGAUGGCGAGAUUGCUUCUGGGAGCUGGUGCUUCAGUUUUUUCAACGGACAGAUGGGGAAAUACUCCAUUUGAUGAAGCUAGACUAAGUGGAAACAAUCAGUUGAUCAAGCUUCUGGAAGAAGCAAAAUCAGCUCAAACAUCAGAAUUCCCCAGUGUUUCGCACGAGAUUUCAGAAAAAAAGCACCCGCGGAAGUGUACUGUAUUCCCUGUCCACCCAUGGGAGCCCAAGGACCUCAGGAAACAUGGUGUUGUACUAUGGGUACCUAAGAGUAUGGAAGAGCUCGUUACUGCAGCUUCAGAACAACUCGACUUCCCAUCAGGCUCUUGUAUUUUAUCAGAAGAUGCAGGUAAAAUUCUUGAUAUAGAUAUGAUAUCUGAUGGUCAGAAGUUGUACUUGAUCAGUGAAACAACUUGAGAAUACCCCGUCU